AUGAAUGCGCGUGAGUUGCAGUCCUUGUAUGCAGAUCUUAGCCAAAGACUGAAUGUCCCUGUGAGUGGACAGUUCGUUCCUGAGAGAUUGGGGCAGUCGCCACCUGAUUUGAAUGUGCCAGCUUUUGUGAGACAUCAAGGUAACACGUUACCUGGUGUUCCAGCUGAAAAUGCGAGGAGCAGUGAAGACAAAGACGUCUUUAGCCGCAGUGAGAAGUGGCUAGGGUCUCCACCUUCGCCAAAUCAUCAAGCGUGGAAAGGGCGUGAAUCCGAAGUGCUGGGCAUGAAUGCCUGUAUUCACGAGUUGGUUGCAUGGGCGAAUCAAGCAAGUGUUGAGUUUGGAAAGGAGAUCGCUCAGGCCGCGCGAUGGCCUACACAGAUUGCAUGGAACACGUUGUCUAAGAGUCAACAAGCGCGAGGAGUUCGUUUGUUUAGUGUGCUGAAGGCAGCGUUUGCAGAUCAUGGGCGGAUAACUCUUAUGAUCCAAAGCUUCGGAGAAGGGCUUGACAUUGUUGCAGUCGCCAUGCAGGGAGAUGUUUUCGGGAACUCUCUUUCGUAUAUGGGUAAUGGUUUUGAGUUGCUUAGGCAGCUUGCCAAGGAGUUUUCUUUGAGAAGUCGUGCUGAGGCUAUGAGUCUCAGGGCGAUGCUGAUGGCAAGAACGUUUCGAGCGCAAGACUCGUCAGCUCCAGUUGCUGACACAGUGCGUCAGAUUGAGGUGGCAGUGGCAAGGUUUGUGCGUUUACUUUCGUCUUUGCCUGAGAGCGCAAAGGCGUAUACGUUACAUCAUUCGCAGGGUUCGCCUGAGGCAGGUGAGGGAAUGGAUGGUCACGUCUUUGGCAUGAGUGCUAGGCCUUCUGAUGCUGGGAGCGGUGUGAAGUGCAACCGUUGUGGCAAGAAGGGGCAUCAAGUGAAUCAGUGCACGGCAGACCUUUCCAAGGUUAAGUGCUUCAAGUGCGGAGAGAUGGGCCACAUAUCUUUGAACUGUGCCAAGGGCAAGCAGGGUGAUGUUUCUCAGUCGAGUGCGAGACCUAAGGGUUCUGAUGGCAAAGGUGCUGCUGCGGCCAAGGGUCAAGAGACAGGGGUUUGGUGGUACACAGAUGCUGAUGAAUCUUUUUACACCGAAGAAGGUGACGAUCAAGAGACACAGCAGGUGGAUGCCACUCUUGUGUUGUCUUGUGUCAUUGAGUCAACUGAUGAGCCCAAUACGCGUUUUGAAGCUGUCCUUGAAGACAGCGAGUCGGUGUCUGUUGUGCUCCAAGAGCAGUUGUGUCAACCUUUGUUGCAGUCGUUGGGUCAGUCGCCUGGAAGUGAGUUUUGGCUGCUUGACUCAGGUGCGUCAUGCUGUGUUAUCAACCAUGUGACGUUGAAGACGCUUCCGCAUGAUGAGUUGACUGCAUGUGGUUCGACGUUUAUGGCUGCGAAUGGGACUCCUGUUCCCUUUGAUGGUCGUUGCCAUGUUGUGCUAAAGGUUCGCACAAAGGAUUCAAGUGGAGCUACCAAGAAUGGUGUUUGCAAGAUUCCUGUGAUGGUGGGUGACACUCCUUACAAUAUCCUGUCAACGCGAACUCUUGGAAGGCAUGGUUGGCGUGUUGUCUUGGAUGAAGGCGUUUCUGUGUGUCAAGUGAAGUCGGGUGUUGAUAUGAUUGAUACCUGUAUUUGGUGUGACACGCCUUGGAUCCGCGUGAUUCCUCAUUCAGAAGGUGAUCUCUUGUUGCCGUUGGAUGCCUCAGUUGAUCCUGCUCCAAUUUCCUCGAUUGGACAUGUUGCAGUUGUUUCGCAGAAGACCAAGGAAGAUCUUGAAAUUCACAGAGCAAAGGGCCACAUGCCCUUCCAUCCUGAUUGCGAGCAUUGUCUGAAGUCCCGAGGUGUUACCCAACACAGGCGAAAGUCUGAGCGCGGAGUGGAAACAGAGAUUGUUGCAGAUUUUAUGUUUCUCGACUCUUCUGGAGAGACGAUCAGCGUAGCUGAGCGCCAGACAAGUAGCUCUUUCAAGGUCCUCGUCCUUCGUGAGGCCUUUUCUUCUUCUAUUGGGGCUGUGAUGAUAACUGAGAACAUUGCAAAGGACAGAGGUCUUCUUUUGAAGUGGCUUGCUGAGUUUGGGUUGUCGUCCUCACAGGCAAGCAUUGUGCUUUCGACAGAUUCCGAAGAAGCAGUGAAGUCGUUUGUUGCAGGUGCGUCGGAUAAGUACAUCUUUAUGGUGCGCAAGGCUGCGCCACAAGCUCAUGAACAGCUUGGUGGUGCGGAAAGGACAGUCCGGGUCCUUAAAGAAGGGCUAGCUACUCUGCAAAGUGAUUUUCAGUCGCUUGGUUGCGUUUUGUCGUUUCGGAGAGACUUGUUGCAGCUUGCACUUUCUUACCUGUGCAUGAGUGUGAAUUCGAAUGGCAAAGCUUUUGGCGGUGAACGCUCUCCAAAGGAGGUUGCAGUUGGUCGAAGGUUGCCAGAUACCCCUUUUGCGUUGUUUGGGUCCAAGGUGCUUGCUGAGGUCCCUGAGUCUGUGAAGGCUUUGUGCCCGAAUAUGUCGCGUUUUGAGGCGGCAGCUUUUCUUCACCCGCAAUUUGGGUCGCUUGGGAGCUUGGUGUAUGCGCAUGUGCGUGUGGGCCAGGUCUUGACGCCAAAGGUGUUUGUUGCCAAGUCGAUCAAGCUUGUGUUUCCGAUUGAGCUUGUCUUCGAGUCGGGGAUGUUUGAAGUUUUGCGUCGUCGUGGUGAGCUUGGGCCUGAGAGGCCAGAUCAUCCAGUUGCGCCUCGGAUUCUUCCGAGUUCCCAGGUUGCAACAGAUGACAGCAUGGACGUUGAAGUGCCUGUGGCUUCGGAUGCAGAGGCUAUGCGUGAAGCUCUUUCUGAGCUAGCCGAGGAUGAGUCGAGGCAAGACCGAGCUGUGGAGGAGGCUCAGGGUUCUCCUUUGCCUCCCCCGGCCAAUGGGGGCGCUGCUUCGUCUGAGGCUCCAGCGAGGAUUGUGAGCGAGGCGGCCCCCAGUGGUCGUGUUUUCACGCGUGGUUGUCCUGCGUGCGAGUCUGGCAUGAAUGCUCCUGGCAUUCGUCACAAUGCUGAUUGCAAGCGAAGAAACCAACAUCUCAGUGUUAGAUUUUCUGUUUCUGGGGAGCCCGAUGAUGACGAAGCUUCAUCCAGGCGUCUGCCUGAAAAUCUUGAAGGAGCUGCUGCUCCUGAGUCUGAGGGCAUUGGGGCUCUUGAUGAGGACACUGAGAUGCCGUUUGCCGAUCCAGUGUUGACUGGAAGUGAAGGCGGAGGCAGCCUAGAGGCUGAAGAAGUGCUUCGUGGAAGCAGUGCUGUGAAACGCUCCUCUGAAGUCCCGUUGGAAGAUCUGGAGCGUGAGAUCAGGCAGGACCAAGAAAGGGUUGCUUCAGUUAUGGUUACCUUCCACAAUUGCGAAACAGGGAAUGAUGUUCACAUGCCUCUUGCGAGUUUUGUUGAGCAGGCGUUCCAGGUUUCCAAUUAUGUCCCUUUACUUUCAGGGCUUGUGGAUUCGGUUCAGUUCGCCCCGAACUCUACGAGUGUUGUUUUGCCGUUUGGGAAAAGGUCGCAUUUGAGACUUUGGAAGCCUAGUUCCGCUGUUGAUGACUCUACCUUGGGUGAGCUUUCAGGAGAUCAGGUCAUGGAAGGCAUGGUCAAAGAAGUCAACAAUUUGAGUCACAUGGAAACUGGGGAUCUGUUGACUGCUUCAGAACUUCAGAGUCUUGAGAAGAGGUUCCCAGGUACCUUGAAGGUCAUCCCUAGUCGUUGGGUCACGACGCAGAAAACACCAACUACAGUGCGAGCUAGGAUUGUCAUCAAGGAUAUUGCUGGCAAGAACUCAGAGUCUGCAAGGGCUUUGGGCAUCUCGAGUCCUACUCCUAGUGCCGAUGCUUUGUUCACGGUUCUUGGGGUUGCAGGUUGCAGAGAUUGCGUGAUUGCAGGUGCUGAUGUAUCUCACGCUUUCAUGGCUACGCCUUUGAGAGAAAGGGAUGUGGUGAUGAGGUUUCCUCUGUCAGUGUCUUCGGUUUCAGGGGAUCCUUUGUAUCUUCACCUCAACAAAGCCCUCAAUGGGCUACGCAAGGCUUCGCAAGAAUGGAUCUACUUCGUAGGGGAGACUGUGAAGGUUUUGGGGCUUCAAAGUUGCAGCUUAGAGCCGUGUCUGUUUUCAGGCAUGCUUGAGUCAGGUCCCUGUUUGCUGUUGGUCUAUGUGGAUGAUUUUCUGUGCAUUGCGCCAACAAAGGAGGAUGCAGAUCACAUCUUUGAGGUGAUUGAGAAGAAAGUUGAACUCAAGAGAACCGGGUUGAUCAAUUCUUCCAAGGAUGGCGGUGGCACUUUGCGGUUUAUUGGUAGGGUUAUCUCCAGGAGAAAGGGGGAGUCCUCUAUCACAGUGUCUUUGCCAGAAGAUUAUUUGGAUGAGACCUUCAAGGCUUAUGGUCUUUCGGGAAAAGGUUCCUCAAGUCCUCCAGAUGUUGCGGUUCAUGUUGAGAAGCAAGAUGGGGUUCCAUUGUCUCCUGAGGCGUAUGCCAGGUUCAGGUCUGCGUUGGGGAAAGUAGCUUGGAUGACGCAGACUCGUCAGGACUUGCGUGCUUAUGUGUCAAUCUUGGCAACGCAGCAAGCCACACCCACGAAUCAUACUGAGCAUGGUCUCCGAGCCUUGCUUAGAUUUCUGAAGAACGACAUGUGCGUGGUUGUGCGGUUGCCUGCUGCGAGUGAUGUGUUGGCUCCCUCGCAACACUACCAAGGAAAGAGGCACCUUGUGUGUUUCUCUGACGCAUCGCAUGCGCCUUUGAGGUGCACGAAGCGCCGUGGCAUCAGUGGAGGAGUGUUGACACUUGAUGGCUGCGUGAUAAAGACUUUGUGUCGUCACCAACAGCUUGUGUCGCUGUCGUCUAUGGAGUCAGAGCUGUUUGCGUUGCAGUCGGUUGCUCAAGAAAUGUCGAGUCUUGGAAAGUUCAUGGCAAGGGUCUUCAUGUCGUUUCGAGAAAGCGAGGAAGUUGAAUUGCCUGGGAUACUUUACAGUGACUCAGAAAGCGCUUUGAAGCUUCUUCGCAAUUUGGACACACCCAGACAAAGCAGACAUCUUGAGAUAAGAGUCGAGUGGCUUAAAGCUCGUGUCGCAGCGGGUUCUUUGGUCCUUGCGUUUAAGAAGGGAAUCGAAAAUCCGUCAGACCUCUUGACUAAAUGUUUGGGGUCCUCGGCUUUCGGGAUACAUCGCGAAGCGUUGGGCUUUGAGUCGCUGUCGGGACCACUUGCGUCUUUGUGCAAUCAUGAGAAGAGAUUGGUGAUGGUUGAAGUGUGCUGUCGACCGCAGUCGAGUGUUCAAGGUGCAUGUCGCAGAGUCGGGAUGAGUUACGUUGGCGUGACUGAGAACAUGCAGAGUGACAGCGUGUUCAAAGAGGUGCGUCGAUAUCUUCUGAACUUUGCGUGUGACUGCGUGUUUGUGCAUGUGUCCACGCCUUGCUCUUCUGGAUCUUACUUGCGUCGGUUCUCUGGCGGGAGCUCGUCGAAGUCGGAUUGGGAAUGGUUUGAGGUGUUUCCUUGUGUGUUGAAGUACUUGAAGCUUGGGAAGCACUCGAGCUUUGAGCUGCCAUGGAACAAUGAGAUUUGGCAACAUGACUUGUGCCAGAAGGUGCUGAAGAAGGCAGGCCACACGUUCGAUGUGCCGGUGAGGUUGUGCAUGACUGGUGUGCUAAGCAUGCAAGUCUGUGGCAGGUGCGAUCAAAACGUUGCAGUGAUGCUUUUGGGGGUUUGGGCCGGGCUGUUGGUGCGAACUCGUGCUGCCAUGGUUCUCACGACCGAUGAACGCAGGGAGCUGCGCCGUUUGCUGGAUAAGAUGGAUUCUGCAGAUGGCUUGGCUUCGACUGCCAAUACUUCUAUGACCGAUGGGACCAAGCGUCUCAGAGAUGUGGGUGGAUAUCCAGAGGAUGGGUCUACUGCAUCAGGAUCUGCUUGCGGUGCCCAGCUGCCGAUUUCAAAGGGAAGCGCAAAGGGUGCUGUGAGCACUCCCAAGUGUUAUGAAGACCUCGUCGAUGCAUUCGAGGGGGAAGAGUUUGGGGAUAGCGACAAUGUGAUUGUCGUGAGCUAUGCAGGUACUGAGGUCACCUCGGUGCCACUUCCAAGUAAUCUAUCUAUGGAGGAUUGGGGUCGGACAGUCUGCGAUCUGCCAAAGGUCCAGAAGAAUAAGAUGUGGUUUAAGAAGUCCUAUGCGACCUUGGUCAAGCUUGCCAAGGAGGAUAGCGACCUUGCAAGCUACCUCAAUUGGAUCAAGGAGAAAUUUGGUCGCAAUUAUGAUCCGACGACCUCCUCCAGUCAGUCCUCGGACCUUGCGGGGUAUUUGAUGAGGAUUGGUUUUUCAAAGCAGAAGGGAUUCCAGCGCAAGUUGGCGGAGGAGUAA